GUUGCAGCUCAAAUUGUACGUGCCACACGGGGCAAAGCAGCAGCCAUGGGGCAAAGCUGCUGUUGUGGAAGAGUGAAAGAGGAGUGGCCGGAGCCAGAGUUCAGGUGCGGGGGAGUCCAAAGCGCAGGACAUGAACUACUUUAUUCCACGGGUACUGGACUUUUGUCUCAUUGCCAGAGGUGAUUCCGGUCAGAGAGUGCACAUUGUUGUCGUCAACAGCAGUGCUUGUGGUUUUUGUCGAUUUCACGGUCCAUGAAAAGGUACUUGCAUUGCCAAGGGGAGUAAGGAAAUCUCAAACUGUUGAGGUUUAUGUAGCUUCUUGCCUGAUUCGCUAUCAUGAAUGGACAGGCUUUCCAUUUUUCAAUAUGGAGAGAUUGAAAUUAUUUGUUACCAAUUCAAGGUAGCAUGUGACGCAGUGACGUAGUGGAAGAGGGAGGGGACAGGGUUUGGACAGCUAACGACGUGUUUGUGACAGAAUCGUUUCUUUGGUGCGAACAUGUGCAAACUAAGUCGAGGAGCUACACACCUCCCAGACACCCUGGUUGACAUGUGCAUCAGCAACCCGCAGCCUGUAAGGAUGUGGUCCAAGACAGUAAAGCAAAGGCACAUUGCAUCCGGCGCAUUACUUGUGACUGGCAUUGUUGCAUUUGGCCCUGGGAAUUUCCGCCUUUCACGACGUGAGGGAUGGCCAGCGCCACAGCGCCAUCACGAGUCAGCUGAGCAAUUGGCUGCUACUCAUCAACGUCAGAUAGCCAUCCUCUCACAGAACAUGUGGAAUUCCUUUUAUGCUGGUGGUCCUCAAAGACUGGAAAGGAUGCAAGCCUUCAAGGAGUUCAUUCAAGAAGCACCUGCAGACAUUCUGGUACUGCAAGAGAUGUUUACCUUUGGUCUUGGACCUCUUUGCGAGAAGAGUGAAGCAGAGCUCUUCCAGCAGUGGAUGUGGGAGUGUGGGUUUCUAUAUCAAACGUCUUCCUUGGCCACCAUGCCCUUCUUGGGUCAAAGCUCUGGACUGAUGAUCUGCUCCAAAAAGCCCACCUUCUCAGAACGACAUCGUAUUUUCACGGAGCGAAGGACAGUUACAGCCAAAGGGUGGUUGGAAGUAGAGGUGCAGUUGUCUUCCAUGGAUUUGGUGAUUCUCACCACGCACAUGGAGCACGCACAGACUCCUAAGUGGCGGCGAGUGCGUGAACAGCAGUGGCGCGAAGUUGUUGACCGAGUUAAGGAACUGCUUCUUGAAAAGGACUCUGUCAUCGUGGUGGGGGACUUCAAUGUUUGCGGACAAGAGCUGGGCAUAGCACUGGACGGAGGCUCCGAAUACAAGAGCAUGGUUGCCAGCUUCGCCCAAUGUGGACUGGCAGAAGUGCCUUUGACUUCGACACUACGAGCCAAUGAGGCCUCGCUUCAAUCUGCGCCAGAUCACGUGUUCGUGACAAGCAGUUUGAAGGAACGGCUGAUGCACUGGGAGGUUUUGGACACGCGUGGAAGGAACCCAGAGAUUGAAGUCUCCGACCACCUUGCACUCUUUGCCAAACUGAACAUUGAAGGAUCGAGACCUGAGACACGAUGAAGCGGUGAAGGUCUGUUGUGAAGGUCUGUGACACGAAAGAUUGAAGUCUCCUGCGCUUUGGGUGGUCAGCAACACGGAAACAUCUUCUGAAUGUACUGCUAUGCAGAUACUAUUACUAUGGUCACUACGGCCAUGCGUGUCGCAGCUGUUUGCAUUUUUGAAAACUCGUGGCCAUGCGCAUGGUCACUCGAGGGUCAAUCCCCUUUCCCGAUCACAGGCCUCAAGGAGCAAGAAAUGAUUUGGCCAUAGAGUCCAUAGAGGGCAUCUCUUGUGUCCUCAAUGCCUGGUACUCCCUCAAGGAGGGACGCCGGUGAAGUGGACCUGUCAUGAUCCCUGGACAGAUCUUUGGAGUUGCUGCUCAUGGGUGUUCGGACGACUCACUUCACCGACUUGGCUUAAAUUCAGGAAGAUGUUGCCAUACUUUCGAACCAUCCACCGACCAAUGCUGCUCACCCAUGCUGUUUGAUAUGUGUCUCGUCUAGAGAGUGGCGGUCCUGACAGUGAGACAGUAUCAGAGCGGUACUGUAUUGGCUGUAUUGCACUUGUGGUGCUUGGGCACAAAAGCAAUCAGAGAGGAGGAAAAGUUUGACAGUUGGGCUUUGUCAGAACUCAUCUAGGAAAUAUGGUUGAGGCAUACUGUUAAUCAUUUCAUGAAGGACACAGAUCACUUUGUUGACUUUGAUCAUUGAUGAGCUUUGCAGUUUCAUCAAGGGAGAUUGGAAGAUAAUGCACUUGUGAAUUUCGAGGUCGCCGCCGCCCACCUUUCGAAAAGUCAAGGCAGAGGCGUGAGAUCUCUACCCUGAACUUUGAAAAGUUUCGUCAAUUCCGAUGUGACUCAAGAACCUGAAGGAGUAGCAGAGGUGGAAGCCAGUCUUGCUGAGGAAGAUCUGCCGAAAUCCCCCAAAAUGCUCACAUCUACAGCUGCUACCCCUGAAAAGCCGCAGGAGGAGCCUGAGCAAACCAGCAAAGAAGCCUCUACGGUCAGCGGCGUUGAGCUGGGCCCACUUGCUUUGUUGAACAAGGGAGGCCAAACUAUGGUUGCAAGACGUGGCAAAGCGCGGCUUUGGGAGGUCAACCGACAGGUUUCACACGAAACCGCAUCGUCGCAGCGCCCGCAUGAUUCAAUGAUGGCAAUUCUGAUAUCGAUUAGUGCUAGAAUGUGCCAGUC